AUGAACCGUAUCGACGCCAAGAGGCGCAAUGUCGUCGACCAUCGCAAGAAGCAGUUCGCCGAGGCAACUUACCAGCCGCAACAAUACCCCCACCGCCUCAACUUCUACACCACCCCUCCAACAGCAGAUAUUACUCUCGAGCAGUUUGAACAAUGGGCUAUCGACAGACUAAGGAUUCUUGCCGAGCUCGAGGCUUGCUCGUUCAGGAACAAGACACCGGCGGAAACAGCGGCGCACAUGGAACCACUACUCAAGAAAUACCUCCCUCUUGAUAACAAUAGCUCGAACCACUCCCAGCUGUUCGCCCAGAGGCAAAAAGAUCACUACAGCCAUUUUAUUCUUCGUCUUGCGUUCUCUUCAACGGAGGACUUGCGCCGUCGGUUUACUCGUGUCGAAUCGAUGCUUUUCAGAUUGCGCUUCCAGGGCGAUGACAUGAAGGAGCGCAACGCUUUUGUGCGCACGCUGAAUCUUGAUUGGGAACCAGUCUCGGAGGAAGAGAAAACGGAACUUGCCGCCGAGCUGGCAGCUACAGUUGGGUUCUCCGGCAAGAGAGGGCAACCGACGGUGCAGGAUGAAGAGUGGUCAAAGGUAGACUGGGAAAGAGUCCCUGAUUUGAUCGAGCACAGAAAGGUGUUUGUCAAAAGGGGGAAAGCCUAUGUCCCAUCGAGGGAGCAGCAGAGUAUGGUCAUGACGGAGUUUAACGCCCGUCUGGAGAAGUCGUUGGAGCUCACAGCCCGCGCCCUCCCCCGCCUCGACGAAGAUGAUCGCCUCACCCCUAUCCUGAACCACCUCUCCAAAAACUUCAUCGCCCCGGACUCAGUCUACACCAACUCCUCCUCGGCCAUCGAAGGCGCCGAGAUCUCCGCCCGCAACAUCGACAACCUCUCCCAACACUUCCCCAUGUGCAUGGCCCACCUCCACCGCACCCUCCGCCGCGACUCCAAGCUCCGUCACUUUGGCCGCCUGCAAUACACCCUCUUCCUCAAGGGCAUCGGUCUAAACCUCGAGGAAUGUCUUGUCUUCUGGCGGUCCUCCUUCAACAAGAUGACCGACGACGAGUUCAACAAGGGAUACCGGUACAACGUCCGUCACGUCUACGGUGAUGUAGGCGGUGACUCCAACAGGAGAAGCGGGGGCUACAGUCCGUACAGUUGUCAGAAGAUCCUAACGGAGCAUGCUCCCGGUAACGGGGAGGCGCAUGGGUGUCCGUACAGGCAUUUUGACGAGCAGAAUUUGAUGACGCUGCUGGAGGGGGUGGGGAUUAGUGAUAAGGGGGUGCUGCAGGGGGUGAGGGAGGAUAAGCAGAAGCAGAAGUUUCAUAUGGCUUGUAAUAGGGUAUUUGAAUACGUUCACAAGAACGAGCUCAGGAGGGCAAAGGACGAGGGUAUCAUGACGGCUGCGCAGUUGGAGACGAUUGUGCAUCCUAAUGAGUACUUCAAGAGGAGUUACUUGUUGAAGAAUCUGGGCAAGAUGAAAAAGGAAGGGGACGGCGAUGUGAAGAUGGAGGGUUGA